UGGAGAUCCGCGCAAUCUUCAUUGUUAAUUCAGAUCAAAUCAUGUCUAGUUGUAGGGAGGCAUACCACUUGUUUUUUCUAUACUUCAGAUCACACCACAUUGAAGCAUUUAAAGAUGCCAGCUCACAGCAGGCAUAAACAAUUGCAAGUUACAGAAGAGGAUAGAAUUCCCUAUCUUCAUUCAUCUACUAUAUAAAAGGUCAGGGGUCAGCAAGAACAACUUCACACAAUAACAAGUUGUGGUAUUCAAGAACUUUCUUUUGCUAAUUUAGAAUAUGGAUUCCUUCUCUAGACCCGCUUGCCAUCUUCGUUCAAGCAGCUUGCCCUCCAAAAAUCACCCUCUAGCUGCUAGUGUUGAGGAACAGUUGGUGAGAUUAAGGGCAUCAGGAUCACUGUGCCAGAAAUUAGGUGGCCUGAAAGAUUUAUACGAGAGGGUUGAUGAUUUGUUUCAAUUACCCCUCAUCCAACAGGCUCUUUCCCAUGAAUAUCAGGAUAAAUGUGUGGACGACCUGCUCGAUGGAUCUCUUAGGUUACUAGAUGUAUGCAGCACUACCAGGGACGUUUUCUCGCAGAUGAAGGAAUGCAUUCAGGAGCUUGAAUCAUCCCUUCGACGCAAAAGGACGGUAGAAUCCAGCUUGGAAAAUGAAGUUAAAGCAUAUAUGACCUCUAGAAAAAGAUUGAAUAAAGUGAUUUCUAAGUGCUUUGGAAAUUUGAAGAGAAUGGAAAAGAAUGCCACAGCAUUGCCCUCUGAAAAGAAAUCAGAUUUGACAGCUGCGGUUAGCAUGCUGAAAGAGGUCGAAGAAAUUAGCAUCGUGGUGCUUGAAUCCCUGUUAUCUUUUGUCUCUCCGCCUAAGACAAGAACAAGAUCUACCGGAUGGAAUGCAGUCACAAAAUUAUUUCAAUCCGGACGUGUUUCCUGCGAAGAUGCCAAUGAAGUGGAGAAGAUGGAUGCUGAAUUGAUCGUUCUGAUUGGCAGAAAAUUCAGCCUAGUAAAUAUGCAGAAUGCAUUGAAGGGACUAGAGGCAUUAGAGUCUAGCAUUCAAGAAAUGGAGGAGGAAUUAGAGUGUGUGUAUAGACGAUUACUGAAAAGCAGAGUGUCUCUCCUCAACAUGCUUAACCACUGAUGAUGGGAAUUUCAAUCCAUCAAUCAAUAUUUUGUACAUUACAAUUUUUGCCACGUUUGUAUAGACUGUCAAUUGUAUUAAAUUAUAUAUCUAUACGAAAAUAU